AUGGCGGCAUCCAUUUCAGGUUAUACUUUUAGUUCUGUGUGUUAUCACAGCGCCAAUAGUAACUCCGAUCACGAGGGCUUCCUAUUAGGAGAAGUAAGACAAGAGGAGACGAUCAGCAUCAGUGAUACGCAGAUAAGCAAUGCUGAGCUCAUCCAGGUCGUAGAAAUCCAUAACCAUGAGCCCUGUGCACGAUUAUUUAGCUUUUAUGACUACGCUGGCAAAGUCAACCAAGAUCAUCUCAACAGUAUUCUAAAAGGCAAGCGAAAACAUGUGAUUGGCUGGUACCGCUUUCGGCGGAACACGCAACAGCAGAUGUCGUUCAGAGAGCAGGUUGUACACAAGCAGCUAACGCAGCUCCUCGGCGUGCCCGACCUCGUCUUCCUCCUGUUCAGCUUCAUCUCCACCGCCAACAGCUCCACACAUGCACUGGAAUAUGUGUUGUUCCGACCCAACCGCAAUAGGUACAACCAGAGGAUCACCCUCACAAUCCCCAAUCUUGGAAACACCAGCCAGCAGGAGUACAAAGUCUCCUCUGUGCCCAACACUUCCCUCAAUUACGCCAAGGUCAUCAAAGAACACGGUGCUGAGUUCUUCGACAAAGACGGUGUGAUGAAAGAUAUCCGAACCAUAUUUCAAGUGUACAGCGCGCUGCAAGAUAAAGUGCAGGCGGUAUGUGCGGAGGUUGAACAAAGUGAACGCGUGAAGGAGAAAAUCCAAGAAGAUGUCAACAAGCUGAAAGAACAAAUCGCUCUCAGGAAACGUAAGACGGCAGAAGAGGAGAGGAGAAUACGUGAAGCCCAGAACCCAGACAACACUCCAGAGAACACGGAACCUUCAGACACAUCCCUCCUAUCUAGGAUAUCUUUCCAAGAGCCUUCUGCGCCUGAGCGGCCUAGCAUCUCCUCUAACCCGCCCUCUUAUGCCGACCUCAUCUCCCAAGGUGACCCUCUGCUCUCAUCCUCUUCCCCUCCCCCCACCAGCGCCGCUCUACUUCCACGCCCACAAGCCGUGGGCUCGCCGGGGCACCCCGCACCAGGCCCGCUGGCCACAGGCGCCACAUCCAAUCCCAUCAGCUCGCCCUACCUCGGUAACGGUGAUGGAUCGAGCUCGGACUCAUUAGACAGGCAAGCCGCCGGGCAGGAGUUUGACGACGAGGACGAAGAUGAGGACAGUAGUGAGUACGAGAACCUGGUGAGCGAAGCCCCUCGCACAUCAAUGACCCCCGCCAGCCUUUUAGCUCGAAGUCGACCGUCCACCCUGGACCCCGACGGAGACGCUCGGGGCUCACAGACCACAUAG